GGACCGACAGUAGCACCGUCCGGAACUGGAUCAGAGCCACAGCCUCUUACUACCAGGUUUAUGUAUCGAAUCGUGUGGGAGAAAUCCAGACGCUGACCGAGCCGGAGGAAUGGCUCUUCGUCCCGGGCAAGCUGAAUCCAGCAGAUGAAGCCACUCGAUCGGUCAUUGAAGGAGAAGGUCUCUCACAACGCUGGCUGAAUGGUCCCGAAUUUCUCUUCCAGCCGGAAUCAGAAUGGCCUCAAGAUCUUCCUUGGAUUGCUGUUCCGGACGAGAUGCGUACCUGCCGAACUUAUGCAGCUCAACUAGCAACAGAUGUUUCCGAUUGGUCCGACAUCCCACUGAAUCAAUCCAACAUCUCAGAAUUCCUCAAGCUGGAGGGCCCCUCCUACCAGUUGAUCGAGAGAUGCCAAAAAGAGAGUUUUUAUGAAGAGAUAAACUGUUUGAAGAAAGGAAAGGCUAUUCGUCCUACCUCCCAUCUCCUCCAGCUCAGCCCAUUUUUAGGACCGGAUAAUUUAUUACGUUUGGGCGGGCGGAUUGGCCACGCAAAAUUGCCGUACGACUCCAUCCAUCCACCGAUUCUACCCAGUAAGCAUCCGCUGACGGAAAGGUUGAUUGCCGUUCUCCACGAGCACACACAUCAUGCUGGAACGAACUUUCUCCUCGCGAAGAUCAAUCAGCAUUUUUGGAUCGUGAGGGGAAGAGAAACUGUGAAGAAGAUCCGGCAAACCUGUCCGGUGUGCAUUCGAGAGAGAGGAGCUCCUGUUGGUCAGCAAAUGGGAGAUUUGCCAGCCUUUCGUUUGGACUCUUACUCUCCGCCAUUUUCUCAUGUCGCCAUAGAUUGUUUCGGACCAUUGGAGACCAGCCCUGGGAGAAAUAGAGUAUUCAAGCGUUACGGCGUCAUCAUUACCUGCUUGGUGACUAGAGGAGUCUUUUUAGCGCUCGCGGAAUCUCUCUCCACUGAAGACUUUUUGCUAGUUUUUCGGCGCUUCAUAGGUAUCUACACCAAACCUGCAACCGUCCACUCGGACAACGGGACUAAUUUCGUGGGAGCCGAGAACGAGCUUAAUUCAUUUAUUCAAGAAUUGCCAAAGAGUGGAGCGUUUCAACAGUUCCUGAAGGUGAAAAAUAUCGACUGGCGUUUCCAACCUCCGCGUGCUCCUCACUUUGGAGGCGCACAUGAAAGUCUCGUUCGCUCAACAAAACGGGCGCUCUACCGGGCUCUGGAAAUCGAGAAGGCUGGUUUGCGGUAUCCGACAGAUGAAAUGCUUCGUACUCUAUUGGCAGAAGUUGGUGGGAUGCUUAACGCCCGUCCUCUAACUUACACCAGCACGGAUCCAGCGGAUUUUCGGCCUUUAACUCCAAACGAUUUUUUGAAUCGUCCGCCGACUUACGACUUACCGCCAGGAGAUUUCUCACACGCCCUGCCCCGGGAGCGUUUUCGAUAUGUGCAACGCACAGCUCAACUCUUUUGGGACCUCUGGACCAAAUUUUAUCUUCCAUCGCUCGUUCCGCGGAAAAAGUGGAAGACUAAACAGCAGAAUCUCGCUAUAGGAGACGUCGUGUUGAUGAUCGACUCCAAUCAGCCCCGCGGUCAAUGGAAGCUCGGACAUAUAAUCAAAACUUUCCCUGGAGAAGACGGCCUGGUCAGAGUGGUCGAGGUCCAAGCCGACACCGGAAUUUAUAAGAGAGCUGUUCAUCGCCUGUGUCUUCUAGAACGUGCGCCGAAGGAUUCCUCUACGAUCGAGAAUAGUCAAGCUGAUCCAGCGGAGGCGAGUAGGAAGAUCUCAACUGCUCAUUGUCAUCGCCUCAGAGCUUAUUAUUGUUCUAUUUCACCGUAACUGACUCAUCGAUGUUGCGUUUCGAUUCGGGGGAGAAUGUUCCGGCGAAAUUAUGUUUGUGUCGAUUUAUCGCAAUCUGGCAACACUCUUUUCCAUUUCUUUCCCGCUGUCAGAAAUACGCCCUAACAUUCGUCUGCCUCUCGUUUCUAUGUCAGGUUGUCAGAGUUUGAGUUCUUCUAAAUCACCGGCAUUUACGUUUCUUUCUGUGAUUUUGUUCCAUUUUUCUGUCUAACAGAGCUCAACUGUCUUGAGAUAUUCUGCAUUCUGUCAGUUUAUUCCACUGUGUGAUUCGUUCUAUGGUCUACAAAGCUUGCAAGCAACUUAUGUUUUGUCCUUGCUUCGCAGGCACCAUCGUUAACUCUUACAGUCAUACUGCCAUUCUGGCAGACAAAUCUUUACUCACAAUACAUUGAAGAGAAAACCACUAC